AUGUUGAAAUAUAUUAUAUUUGCUUGUUUAUUUGUUAUGAGCGGAACAACAAUGAGAGAGUGAGUUCUAAAAUUGAAAAACAUUAAUAUCGAUUUGAAAAAUUGAUGUUUCAGACAUUCUGGUUGUGAUAAUUAUGCCAAUAUUGAUUGUGAAUUCCCGAAUGAUUGUAAAAUGGGAGAACUUGUAACUGUCAAAUGUCGAGGAAAACCAAGUGGUUGUAAUCAAGCUUUUUCACAAAGAAAAGAAGCGAAAUGUCUGUAUUGUUAUCAAACUGAUGAAAUUGAUCAUCGUUGUCAAAUUGUUACGAAUUGCUCAACGAGUAGUCAAAAAUUAGUUCAUACAACUUGUACGGUUAGUUGUGUUUUUUUAAAAUUAUUUUGGUUGCAAACUAAAUGUGUUUUUCAUAUUUUCAGGUAAAUGACAAUGUAAUUUGUAUCGGAAGACGUACUUUUGCAAAAAAAGUGAAUUGUAAAUGGACAUCUGGAAUUUCUUGGACAAAAACUAUGAUUUUAAGUAUUGUUCUUGGUGGUUUUGGAGCUGAUCGAUUUUAUUUGGGACUUUGGAAAUCUGCGAUUGGCAAACUUUUCAGUUUUGGAGGACUUGGUAAGAAUUUUUAUUUUCUUUUUAAAUGUUAUUUAUGAACUUCGUUUUUUUGCAGGUAUUUGGACAAUUGUUGAUGUUGUUCUAAUAGCAAUUGGUUAUAUAAAACCAGGAGAUGGAUCUAAUUAUAUUUAA